AUGUCUGCUGCGUUGGAAAUCGUUGGUUUUCUUUUGUGCUUGGGUGGGUGGGCAAUUAUUGGAGCUACUUUGCCGAAUAAUUACUGGAAAGUCUCCAGUAUACACGGCAGUGUGAUCACAACGUCCACGUUGUAUGAAAACCUGUGGAAGAGCUGUGCGGAAGACAGCACUGGAGUAUCCAACUGUAGAGACUUUGACUCUAUGCUUGCACUGCCUG